AUGAGAAACCAGGAUCCAAGCCAUCGACUCAGGCUCUUCCUGCAGCACCACAUGCCCAGUGAUUUGGGGGUGCUAAGCAAUGGUACACCUUCAGGACCUUCAGAAAGGGCUUCCUCUUUGGACUUUUAGCACCUGCUUCUUACAAGCCUGUUGUGUUACCAGCUCCACAGGGCUAGUGAGGCUGAGGAGAGGGGUCCUUGGGCCCAGGUCUUUGCCCUCUUGACACAGAAAACACUUUGGAACCUGUGCAAGGGUUUCUGUCCCCAGGGCACCCCUUCACUGGGAUCCUGGACCUCCAUCCUUGACUCUCACCCGACCCCUCCCCUUUCACUUGGCAUUUCCCCUUCUCAUCAUCCUCUCCCCACUCUGGGCAGGGGCUCCAUCUGCCUCUCCAGGUUCUUCCUCUCUAGCCUACCUUGGUCCCUGGCUCCUGAUCCCCCAUGCUUAUAUCCAUUCUAUCUUGUUCCAUAG